GUUGUCGUUUUACAAAGAAAAAAUCGUGCUAGUAACCAAACCAAAGAACCAAGAAUAUUACUUUGUGCGCUGUGAUGUGAUAUCCAAUUGUAACAAAUAAUGAAUUGUCAUCAAAUAUUAAGCGGUGCCUGCAAUGCAGGUGACCGGUGCUUCGCAAUUGGCUCCGUGGAAGGCAUACCUUUUACAGCAUAUGCUGCCGGCUGCAAUGUGGUGAUAUUGGCGAGCACAUUCGAGCGCGUCCAGAUCAUACCGGGUGCCAAUCAUGGCUAUGUGAAGAUAUCGGCACUGGACUGCAGCACCGACACCGGCAAAAUAGCCGCCGCCUAUGAGAACAAGAUAUGCAUUUUUGAGCCAACGCCGGUGAUUGAGUCCAGCAAGCAUAACACACAUUUUCUGGACUACAGAUGGGUGCAAACGGGCUCGUUUACCAGCCACUCAAAUGUGGUCACAUUGUCUUGGAAUUUGGAGGGCACGCGUCUCCUAACCGGCGGCACCAAUAUACAGCUCUGGAAGAGCAAAUCGCCCCUACACCAGCAAGAGGAGGAGCACACGGGUGUCAAAUUCGAAAUUGGCGAGAGCAAGGAGACAAAGCAGAGCACACAGAAUGGUCAGUCGGAUGAUGUGUCGACGUGGGAGAAUAUCUGGUCGUGCCAGACGGCGAUACCCAUUUAUCAUAUGGCAUUUAGUCCCGAUGGCACCCUGUUUGCCACCUGCGGCCGCAACGAUCGUCUAGUCAAGAUCUGGUACGAGAACAAGCAGGUGCUAUUCCCAGCCAAAUCGAGCAACAGCAGCGGCAUGGCACACGAUGCAGCAGCAUCAGCCGGAUCGGGAUUAGGUUGUGUUGGCGAUUUAAAUUUCACAUACGUUUAUAUUGCGCAUCCGCGCGCCGUCUCCAACAUUGUGUGGCGGAAGACGAGCAAGUAUAUGCCGAAGGGUUCGGUGGCCAAUAUGCUGGUGACCUCCUGCCUGGACAACAUCUGUCGCAUUUGGAUUGAGACGGUGCUGCCGGACGAUGGCAUGGUCAAUAUGACACAAUUCGAUCCGCUCGCUUCCCAAAAUCCCAAGUUUCGCACCCAUCGCCACAAGCAUCGAUUCAUGCAACGUCUGAAGCAUAUGAAGACCUGUUUCCAUCUGCGUCGCCACAUGAAGGCGGGCGCCCAUGGUAAUGCUGUAACAGCUUCCGGUACCGGACCCGGUGGAUUGGCCAUGCUCGGAGGCGUUGGUAUUGGCUCCAGUGGCGCCACAAUGGGCCUGGGCAGCUCACCGGCGAGCUUUAGUAAUUACCAGGGUCCGAUACCAUCGUUGCCAUCGUCGUGCAGCGUCCACGACUUCCAUUCGUAUGGGUUCCAGGGAUCCGGUGUUACGCCCGGCAUGCAUUUCCAUUUGGCGGCAUCGAUUAAUGCCGAGACGGACAUACCGCUGGUACCGUCAAUGCAAACCUCGGAUCCGGCCAAUCAAAAUGUCUUCAUCCUGCACUGGCUGAACAACAAGGAAAUGCAUUUCACCCUCCAAGCGGAGGCCAUACUCCAGGAGCUAACCAAAAAGGUCAUCGACGAGGAGAAUGGCAACCAUACAGGCCAUCACAGUUCGGCUCAACCAACGGCCGGCGUUGAUCUGCCCGACGAUGCACAGCCGCCGCCGCACAAGAAAUUCAUGCGCAACUCCAAGUCCGUAUCGGUGGACGAUAGCGGCGAGGAGUUCAGUAAGUAUUCACAGCACACGGCCGCCACUGGUGCCGGCCUGCAUUUGAACUCCAUGUCGAAUACGACAUCGCAGAAUUCGCUGAACAACGAUCAGCAUAAUCCUAUCACACAGCUGACGGACUCGCUGGACAAUAAGAUUGAGUGUCUGUUGCGCGACUGGCAUCAGAGUCCAGAUCUGCUCUUUGCCAUCCAUCCCGUGGAUGGGAGCUAUUUGAUUUGGGUCAUUGAGUGGCUGGAUGACUACUAUCCGGGCUCGUACAGACAAGCACAGGUAUCGUUUUCGACGCGUAUACCAUCGGCAUUCCCGCUGGGCGAUGCCAUGUCCAUGUCGACAACGGUCAGUCUAUUCAAUACGGGCACACAUCCGCUUGCGUUUCGCGACAUUGCCAACAAUGUGCGCAGCAAGGAUGAGUUCCACAAGGCUGGCGGCAGCGAUCAGAAUUCAUUGCGCAGCGAUCAAAAUCUCGACAAGCAUGACGAACAGGAUGAGGAUGAUAACGACCAGACGGCCAGGCAGCAGCAGCUGGAUCAGGAUCAACAAAACGAAGAUGACGACAAGCAGCAGGAGGAUGGGGGCGAUCGAAGCGCUGCUGGCGCUGCAAGCAGCAGCUCACAGGAUUCAGCUGGUGCCGCCGUUGGCUCCGCACUUCCACUGAAUGUUUCACCAUCCGUUUCGAUGGUGACAAAACACUCGAACGGUACCCUCAAUCUCUGGCAGCUGACGUUUGCGUUCAAGACAAAGUUCACCCAAGUAUUAAGCAUCGGUCAUGUGAGCCGUGCCUCGGGUCAUCGCUUCCGUGUGAAUGACAUCACCUGCCAUCCGGUGUUGCCGCUGCUCGUCUCCACCUCGCAUCACAAUUUGCCGGACAGUGCGGAGGCCAAAUCGCCCAUGUCACCCUUUGAGCAACCACUUGCCGGCGGCUCAGCUGCCGCUGGACUGGCUAUGGGUGGCACUAAUCCUGGUGGUGGUAAUGGUGUUGGGGCUGGAGGUGGAGGUGGUACUCCUACCUCAGUCAAUGGCGACAAGGACAUCUUUACACCGACGGGUUUCUGCUCGGAGCUGAUAUUGUGGCGCGUCGAUUCGGUGGGUCCACUCUGUCAUUCGGGUGGUGUCAGUGAACUGGCACGGAUCAAUUCACCGGAAAUAUCCGCGUUUAGCAAUGUGGCCUGGAUACCGACGCUCCUGCCAAGCACAACGCUGGGCAGCUACAGCAAUUCGCCCUCGGCCUGCUUUGUGGCCAGCGAUGGUGAGAAUUUGCGCGUCUAUCAGGCGGUCAUCGAUGCACGCACACUGCUCGCAGAGAUCUCGUGCUCGGAGAAUCUGAAUACGCUGCACAAAUCGCAUUCGCUAUCCUCGAUGAUCUCGAAUGCGUCCUCGACAAUGAAGGCGACACGUUCGGCAUUGCACGACAAGCUUAAGGUCGUCUCCCAGCAAUCGACGGCACGGCCCGGCUGCAUCCUGCAGCUGGAUGCCAUCUCGGAUGCCAAACACGACUGGCAGAACACACAGUUUCUGCACGUGUUUCAGGCGCAGCUAAUUACGGGUGGCCAGCGUACAGCAAUGGCGCCGGAAAUGAAUGAUCUGGAGGAGCCGAAGAUGAAUGCACUGCUGGAGUCCGAUAUGGAUGCAAUUGUUGAUCUGCAGCGCAACGUGGACUUCGAGGAGCCCUUCUACAUUGUGAACAUCGAGAAGACGUUGCGCGGCAGCACCAUCCACAUGUGGCGCAUUGUCAUCAGCUCGAAGCAGCAGAGCUCCUUCCUAUCCGAGACGGCCAUGUAUGUGCCGGACUCGAAUCUGACCCAGGAACCCGAUGAUCAGGAUCAGCCGCGUCGCAUGUCGCAGAGUGCCGAGACCCUAACUGGUGCCGAGCAUUUUGGGCCGCAAGUGGAAGCGCCACACAUCUCGAUAACAACGAAGAAGGUGUGCACCCAGGAGCUACCGUUACCGGAGGGCGUCGAUGUCAUUCAUGCCUCACCGGCCGCUGGCCAUUUGAGCAGCUCGAGCAUUUAUCCCGCCUGCUUUGCACCGUACAUCAUUGUGACCGCCUGCUCCGAUUCGAUAUCGAGAUUCUGGAAAUGCGAACCCGUCGAUAGCGAUGCCUAUCACUGGUCCGAGUGGAAGAUGUUUAGUCGCGUCCAGCACUCGGCCAUUGAGAUACCCGGCCAGCCGCUGAACAUCAGUGCCGCCUACUCCGGCCGCAUUGCCUGUGCGUACAAAUACGGCAAGAGUUUCACUCGUCCCAAUCGUGGUGAUCCCGAUUCACGUUACGUCAAUCUUUGUGUCGCAAUCUACGAGUGCGAGAGUUCCGGCGGCAGCGAAUGGGUGCUCGAGGACACAAUUCAUCUGAAGAAUGUCCACUUGCCGCGCAUCAACAUUGGCCACGGCAUCGAUCUGAGUUAUCUGCACGACAGCCGACUCCUGGCCAAGAAGCAACGACUCAACCAGGUUCUCCACAAUUUUGCCCACGAUCCGGAAAAUCGUUCGCCGCGCAGCGGUGAAACCACACCCGAACUGACAACGGUUGGCAAGCAAUCAUCGGCUGCUGCGGUCUCCGGCCUAUUGACUGUGCCCAGUUUCAGCACGCUGCAAUCGCUGAGGAAGAGCAUCGCCGAGAAUGGCAACACAUGUCCGCUCACCCAGAAGCAUCUGGUGCAACUCGACUGGGUAUCCAAGGAAGACGGUUCACACAUCCUUACCGUUGCUGUCGGCAGCAAGAUUCUGUUGUACACUCCCGUCAGCUCAGACAUUGCCCAGGCUAACAUCAAAGCGAUGAAGGAGUCACGUUCGGUGAAUCGACCAAUUCUGCGCAAGGCCAGCUCCCUGGCACAGCCCAACUUCGUGGAUGAGAUACGCUGGAUGAAGCUGCGACAGAUUGAUUUGCAAACGGCAGAUGGCCUGCCGCCGCUACCGAUGCAAAUCUCUUGGGUGCGUGAUGGCAUUCUGGUCGUUGCCAUGGACUCCGAGAUGCACGUUUAUUCGCAGUGGAAGCCGCAUUAUGGUGCCCACUUUAUGUCACCGGCGGCGGCUGCUGCCUUGGCCGAGGAUGUGCCCGAUACGCGCAAUUUGCGCGACGAGGAUCUCCGUUCGCUGGCCAAUGAGUCCACGCAGCUGCGGCUAAAGAAUGUCGCUUCCAUGCCACUGAUUAGCAAAGUGAGCACCGCCAAUCUACAAUUGUUGUCGCAACGUCGCCUCGCCGCCAAUCCCAGCAUGGCCAAUAUGAAUGGGGGCGGUAGCGGUGGUAUUUCUAGCCAGGAUGCGGCAGCCGGUUUCUCUGGCGAUGCGCCGCCCAAUGAUGAUUACAUGACCGAUUUCGGGCUGUUUCAAGCAUCACGGAUUGCGUGUCCUGUGCUGCCACAGUAUCAUCCCAAGCAGCUGAUGGAACUGCUCAAUUGUGGCAAGAUUCGCUGGGUGAAGGCCAUACUGGCGCAUCUCGUUCGUUGCAUGAGUGGCAGUGGCGGUGUUGGCGCCGCCAGCGGUCUGCCAAACGAUGAUGAUGGCAGCAGUGGUGGCGGCGCCGGCGGUGGUGCUGGUGGCGGCGCUGGCGGCGGACGACAGCGCAGCUGGUCAAGAUCACGUACGCUCAGCAUCAGCUAUGCGGCGGACACGAGCAACCUACAGGCGGAGCAUCGCGGCAGCACCACCCAAAUACCCGAGGAGCUGAUGCUCGACUAUGCCGAGAUCAAUUCGAUACCGCCGCUGCCAUUGUGGGUGCUGCUCAAUGCGGAUCGAGAGCAGCCGGGCAAGGGGCCGAACGCGGCGGAGAGCGACAAGGAUUACGAUGAGCUCUUCGACAUGCACAACUCGGAUGACAAUCUCGAUGAGCUGCUCAGCGAUGGCGAACAGAAGCGACAGGAGCGUCGUCUCUCGCUGCCCGAUAAGCAAUCCAUUUCGCAUUUUGGUCCCCGCCAGGGUCAGCUCUUGUCUCGCCUGCUGACGCACACACAUCUGCCGGGUCUGUCGUCGCUGGAUCAGAUGCAUCUGCUCGCUUUGGCCGACACGGUGGCCACUUGCAACACCGAUUUCUCGGACAAGUUUGCCGCCACCGAUGUGGGCAAGGGGCAGGGUGGCGGAAGUGUCGCUGGUGGUGGCAGCGGCGGCGGCAUCGCUGGCAUGUCGUCUGGUGCUGGUUUGGGCAAGGAACAGCAACCGGGCACCGAAUCGCUGGACGAUUGCGGCCUGCGCUUCCUGCUCGCCAUGAAGCACUUCACCUAUCUGCUCCGUUGCCUGCCGCUGCAGCAGCGUGCUCAAUUCCAGCGCCAGGGCGUCGGCACCGCCAAUAUUGUGUGGGCCUAUCACUCCGAGGGCGAGGAGGAGCUACUGCAUCUGAUACCCAGCUACACCAAAGGUGAUUUGCGUUGGGCAACGCUGCGGGACCUGGGCGUCGGCUACUGGCUGAAGAACAUUAAUACGCUGAGGCGAUGCGUCGAGAAGCUGGCCAAGUGCGCCUAUCAGCUCAAGCAGGAUCCAUUGGAUGCGGCCAUCUAUUAUCUGGCCAUGAAGAAGAAGUCUCUUGUGUGGGGCCUGUUCCGGUCGAUGCGGGACGAGAAGAUGACCGCGUUCUUUGGCAAUAACUUUGCCGAGGAUCGCUGGCGAAAGGCGGCCCUCAAGAAUGCCUUCGUGCUGCUGGGUAAGCAGAGAUUCGAGCAUGCUGUCGCCUUCUUUCUGCUGGCCAAUUCGCUCAACGAUGCCAUCGAGGUGUGCAUCAAUAAGCUGGAGGACUUCCAGCUGGCGCUGAUCAUAGCACGAUUGUACGAGGGCGAUGUCGAGGGCUGUUACUAUCAUCGGCUGUUGCACGAGCAUGUCCUCGGCACGGAUGUGGAGACGGGUCGCUGUGAUUUGACGCGGGCGCAUCCGGAUCCGUUUCUGCGCUCCAUGACGUACUGGAACAUCAAAAAGUAUCAGGAGAGCCUCAAUACGCUGCUACUCAACGGUGUCGGCAGUCUGCACGCCAGCUAUCGGGAGGAGGAUCUGUUGCGACCGGAGUUGCCUCAUGCCAAUCCGAAUGUCUUCAACUUCUACAUUUAUUUGCGAACUCAUCCGCUGCUCAUCCGGCAGAAUAUUGCGAUAUCGGCGCAGGAGAAGCGCAUCGCUCACGUUGUCCUCUCCGGGUUUAGCUAUGCGGGCGAAUCGCGAGCGGUUGCCAGCGAUAAGCAGCUGCAGCUGGAGGAUUCAAUAACGCCGAUCGAACGGCAGCUGUACUUCACAACGGCCCAUGGACACUUCAAGUCCGGUUGCCCGGCUCUGGCGCUCGAGGUGCUCAAUAAGCUGCCCAUGAAGAUUAGCGAUAGCGACAGUGCUGCCUCCACCUGCAGCAUAGCUGGCAGCCAGGUGCCCGACACCGACACCAAUCUCAUCAACACGGGCAUCAUGGAUCAGUGGCAGAAGAAUCCCACCACACAAGCCACCGCCGAUCAAUUCGAUUGGGGUGCUCCAGCUUCAGCCGGCAUCACGGAGGCCAAAUUCGAGAUCAAGUGGGACGAUGACGAUGACGAUGACGACGAGAAUGGGGAUAAGGACAACGACAACGCGAAUAACAGGGACAAUGAUGACCCUGAUCUGGUCACUCCACAGCCCGGUGGUCUCAACAAAUGCUUGGCCAAUGCCGUCCAAGGUGAUUGCAAAAUGGACAUCAUGGCACAACAGUUGAAAUUUGUGGCCUGCCUCAAGAUCCUCAUGGAGGAGCUGUCAACGCUGGCCACCGGCUUCGAGGUGGAUGGCGGCCAGCUGCGCUAUCAGCUCUACAUGUGGCUUGAGCGCGAGGUGGAGGCACUGAAGCAGCUCUGCAACUAUUGCAGCUCCGAGCAGGCCAACGAUGCCGGCGACCCAGAUGCCGGCGAUGCCAAGGACAAGGACAUGAACGCCAGCAUCUAUCCCAGCACAGAGCGGCCCACGCUCCACGAGAUCCUCAUGCAGGACAAGCAGGACUUUGAGGCCAAGGUGAUGCGUGCCGCCAAACGCAAGCGCUGGCUCAAAGCCAACGAGACGCUCUUACGAACACUGCUUAGCUACUGUUCGCUACAUGGCGCCAGCGGCGGAGGUUUGGCAUCGGUGCGAAUGGAGUUAGUAUUAUUGCUGCAGGAGCUGCAGCAGGAGAAGACCCAACAGCAGCUGCUCAGCCCACUGCCGUUUCCCACAACGUUGCCAUUGCUGAGCGCCUGCGUGGCCGGCAACAAAACGGUAAUUGCCGAUCCCAUCAAGUAUCUGCAGUCGCAGACGGUGGACAUGCUGCAAAGCAUCAUUAAGCUGUUGCCAUUUCCGGGCAUCGAAUCGAGCGCCCUCAGCGAGAUCUUUGUGCUGCGCGAUCUGGCUGUGGCACUCUCCUCAUGCAUCUACCAGUCGCUGUGCGAUUCGGAGAGCUUUGUGGUCAAUAAUUCAAUGAUCAAUGGCUAUCCCAGUCCGGGCAUGGAGAACAUUGCCAAGAUCAAUUCGUCCUUUGAGUGCAGCUAUCUUGUUGGCAGCCGCAAUGCGUUCACCCGACGUCGCAAGUACUCCACGGAUGAGCCGGCUGGCAUCUGUACAACGCCCUCCAAGUGGCCGGGUGUCACCAAUUUGCGUGCACUGCUCGCCCGGGAGAAGGAUGAGGAUGUGCCCAAGCUGAAUGUACUGCUGCUCGAAUCCUUUGUGUCCACGUACAUGGCCCUGUUCAUCUACUCGCUCUCCACCUGCGACAGUCGUCUGCUCUACCGUUUGAGCGGGCAGAAUUUCACCAAUGACACCUGGUCAACGCUUUUUGGUGGCGGCAUGAAGAAGCUGCUCAUCAAGCCGGCCUCCCAGCCACACGCUGUACAGGCGCAGGGGCAGGCACAGCUGACUGGUGGCAGCAACGGUGGCGCAGCAGAGGAGACAGCGGAUGAGAAUAGCGUUUGGAACACGGUCACAUCGAUAACAAAGCAACGCAUGAAGCUCAAUAUGAAGAUACUGGGCAGCUUCAGUCAGAACAGCACCUCCAGCAACAUGAAGGAGGACAAGCCGACGUACAGGGAACAAUUUAUGCCGCCCGAGACAUCGAUGCUCUCCUACUUCCUGGCCAAGCCAAACAACAUUGAUUGCGAUGAAUACGACACGGAUGACUCGCACGAGUCGGAUGGCGAGGAGGAGGACGAUGACGAUGAUGAUGUCAAUGUGAGUCGCUCGCAAUUGAAGGCCAAAGACAAUACGGAGCACACCAAUGCCAUGUCCUAUUCGUGGAGUAUUCUGCGACUGGCACUCAUCAAGUUUAGCACCUAUAAGAUUCAAGAGUUUGUCAAAGUCGCCGGCAUCGAGCUGCAAGAUCUGCCCGUGAUUAGUCCAUUGUCGCAUGAGGUGCUGCGCACCCUGAAUCGCUGGCAGGAUUUCGCGCUGAGUGAUUUGAUAAGCCGGGGUCCACCGUCGCGCCACUAUAUACCCGGCUGCUCGGCGGAAAGCGGCAUCAGUGGCCUGGGCAUACACAAAUAUCGAUCGCUACUCAACAAGGAUAAUACACCGUUCAUUUCGGGGUCCGCCGCCGGCCCGAUACGCCGUCUAUGGAAUUAUCUGGUGCGCCAGGAGCCCACCCAGGAGGUAUUCAUCAAGAGCAUCUUUGGCAAGAGUACCGAGCCCAGCGCACGCAGCUCACAUCACACCAAUCAGCACGACAACGACACCGAUGAAGGUCAAUCACAUUCGACGAACGAGAACACAGACCACAUACGAAUCAUACACAAGGAUCACGAAUCGAUUCUCACGUUCUGCUUGAAGAACAACAGCUCAUCGAUGAUCGCGUUUGCGAAUCCGCGGGAGAUACAGGAGUUCGAUAUAUCGCUGCUGCUGGAAUCGCCCAAUUGGUAUGAGGAUGAGUGCGACUACGAUAUGAUGAACCUCUCGAAAGAUGCGGACACCAACAGUUCCUCCUUCCUUAUUAUCCAGUCGCAGGACCAGGCCCAAUUCGGUACGGGAAGUGCGUACAGUGAAGCCAGCGCAACCACACAGAGCGCCUCACAGUCGGGACGCGGCACAUCGAUGGUGCUGCGCCACAAGGUGGACAAUGUGAAGCGGAUGAGUGCGCAUCCGUUGAUGCCGCUCUAUCUGACUGGCGGCCAGGAUGGAUCCGUGCAGAUUUGGGAGUGGGGCCACCAGCAGCCAGUCUGCUGUCCGCGCACCUCCGGCACCUUUGCCAAGGUCACCCGCUGUCGCUUCUCCGAGCAGGGCAAUAAGUUUGGCAUCGGCGAUGGCGACGGCAACCUGAGUCUGUGGCAGGCGGGCAUCGCCUCCCAGCACAAUCGCUCCUUUAUAACUUAUCAGUGCCACAAUAAGGCGCUCUCCGAUUUCGUUUUCCUCGGCUCAUGCAGCUUGUUAGCCAGCGCUGGACAAAGUUCCGAGAACAAGAACAUAAACAUCUGGGACACACUGCUGCCGCACAAGAAGUCCUGUGUUUCGGCCUUCACGUGUCAUGACCAGGGCUCGUCCUGUUUGGUCUUUGCGCCACAGCACCAGGUGCUCAUCUCGUGCGGCAAGCGCGGCGACGUUUGCGUCUUUGAUGUGCGUCAGCGCACACUGCGGCAUCGCUAUCAGGCACACGAUAGCACCAUUAAGUGCAUUGCGCUGGAUCCGCACGAGGAGUUCUUUGUCACUGGCUCCAUCGAGGGCGAUAUUAAGAUAUGGGACAUGAACCAGUUCAUGCUAAUCAAUACGUUCCCCCAUGAGCAUGCCAAGAAUGGAUUCUUUAAGCACACCGGCCAGGGUGUUAGCCAGGUGUAUGUGGAUCCGUUUGGUCGUCUCUUCUCCUGCGGCUCCGAUGGCUGCAUGAAAGUUCGACUACUUGUCGAGAAGGAUAACAUUGUUCACACCGUGUAUUAAACAAAAGAAACAAACAAACAAGCAAACAACAA